AUGUUCAAGAGUACUGUAAUAUUUUUGGCUCUUGUGGUAUGUUGUCAAUCGCAGACGAAUCUACUGAACAGGAUAACCAACUUCAGUAUUCGACCACAACAGUCAGUCAGUGUGAGUGGAAGGUUCAUGUGUAAUGGAAGACCCGCCAACAAUGUUGUACGUUUACUACUAACUUAAAAUUAAUAUGGUAUAUUCUAUCAUUUAUAUGGUCAUACCUUAGUAUACAAUAUAUCGUUAAAAACUUUACUCUAUAAUAAAAAUAAUCUAAAUUUACUUAACUUACCUCUGUAUCUUCAGAAAGUAAAGCUAUACGACAAUGACCACUUCACAUUAGAUGAUCUUAUGGCUAACGGCUACAGCGAUGCCAACGGAGCGUUCCGUCUUCAAGGUUCAGCCAAUGAAUACACCAAUAUCACCCCCAAACUCAAUGUAUAUCACAGGUGUAACUACACUCCACUGAUCCCUACUUGCUACCAAAAAUUCAGCAUCAGAAUCCCAAACGAUUACAUCACUCGAGGACCAGUAGCACAAAGAGUUUUUGACGUCGGAACUCUGAACUUGGAAGCCAAGUAUGCUGGACAAGGAAGAGAUUGUUUGAAUAAGUAA